UAGAGCUACGACGACAACCAAUAAUAUAACUUCCCUUUACACAGAAGAUAAAUUAAGUGAUAACAAUUUCCACGUUAGCGUGUUUGUUGUUAUUUGGACGUUUAUUAACACCAUGAAACUCAAACUCGUUUAACUGCACAGCGUCACAUACUUAACUCAGUGAGUCUUUAAUUCACGUUGGAGACAGUACUCGAUGUUAUUUUUCUAGGUAACGCUAGCUGGCUAACUUCGUAGUUAACGUUUGCUAACAUGGCUAACUGUGUCGUUUUUCACACUCAAAUAGCCUCCAUUAUGGAGGUGUUAGCGAAUGCAGCCGUGGCAGAGGUCUGUAAACUCAUAGACGACGACUAUGCAGUUUUUCGUUUGGAAAUGUCUCAAAGCCAAAAAGAAAACCGGGGAUUGCGGAGGAAACUACAGAUGCUGGAACUGAAGGUGGCACGCGAGCGUCGUCCCAGUAGUGUAGGUUACAUCCUCGAUCGAUACAGAGGAAUGGCAAGAGGUGAAGGACAUCUCACUGGAGGCCACAGGAGCUUUGUGAAGCCAGUGGGACCCCAUACAUGGAGAGAUGACCAACCAAUCACUGUUGAUGAGGGGAGUGGAACCUCAACCCAGCACGUUAUCAUGAUAGAGGCUGCAGAGGCUAGAGGUCCUGGGGUCAAGCAGGAGAGGUCUGAAGGAGUGGAGGACCCACGACACAGCAGAGACAUCCAGACAGUAGAAACCACUGGAGUAGCGCCCCCUGUAGCCACGGAAGACCUACACACCGCUGCUGCGCCCAAGCCUAGGACACAACGCAGCAUCAUGGAGGAGGAGAAUGGUCCAGAGGUGCUGCUGGUGAAGGGGGAGGGGUGUGAGGAGGGUCUGGGGAACCCUGAGGGGACCAUGGUCAUGGAGGACAACCAGACAACAUCACCUCCUGAACCCACAGAGGAACUAGCUGAGCAGCACAGGACCACACACAGUCUCACUGAGUCAGUAGACAUGGAGGAUGGGAAGCCUGAUCUGCUGCUGGUCAAAGAGGAGACAAUAGAAGACGGACCAGAGAUCAUUGAUCUGCUGAGUGGACUAAAGAUGGGGGAGCAAGGUGGUUGGCUUGAGGCUAACAGAGGAGACUGGGUGGCCAUCUUGGAUUCCAAGACUCAGAUGGGUGCAGCCAAGGACCCAGGGGACAACAUCACCGAGCAGGCCAGGACCAGAGACAACAUAGUGGAGGUCAGUGGAUUGGACAACGUCCUCAACUCUGGGCUGGGGAACAACACUGUAAACCACAACCAGAAACAGGCAGUCGAACACAAAACAACAUCCAAACUUAGUCUCCAUGACAACAGACUGGCUGAGACCAGGGUGAGGCGUAGAUUUGGUCCGCGGGGACGUGGAAGUGUCCGUAUGCGGCAGGAGAGAACAGACACAGACUCUGCCAGCGAUGCUCCAUCCUGCUCCUAUAGUUGUGAUUCAGAGAGACUGAUGGUGUCUCAGAUUAACCCCCUAACAGGUGCUGCCUUCAGCCUGCCUUCUAUAGGAUCUAUCAACUGGAACAUGGAACCUGCGACAACACAGACACUACCUGGCCUUCAUCCUCCUCACACUCUCCUAAUGUUAAACCAGACCUCAGACAAUGCCAGUGGCUCAACACUAAAUGGCUACAGAAGCCCAUUGACAAAUUACAGUAGUUGUAACUCUAUCAGUAGAUCUAGUGGCAAAGAGAAGCGCUUCCUGUGUUCGUUCUGUGGGAAAGCCUUCAGUUUCCCCAAACAGGUGGAGAUCCACCAGAGGAUUCACACGGGAGAGAAACCGUUCGGCUGCCACCAGUGCCGGGCCAGUUUUUCACAUUUGUCCAGCCUGAAGAGGCACCAGAGGGUCCACACAGGGGAGAAACCAUUCGGCUGCCACAUGUGCCGGGCCAGUUUUUCACACUCGUCCAACCUGAAGAGACACCAGAGAGUCCACAGAGGGGAGAAAUCCUACAGCUUCACCAGUGUGAGAAGAGGUUCUCCCACCAGCACCAGCUGAAGAUGCAUCUGAAGAUCCACACGAGAGAGGCCAUUCAGCUGUACGCACUGUGGGAAGGAAGAAGUUCUCAGAGACAAGCACCAGAAACGUGUAAAAGACAAGCCUGACCUCUCCCCUCUCUGGGCCCCAAGUGACUGAGCCCCAGCUGAGGUAAGAAGUGCAACUGCCAACACCAGAGUCCAAAGGGAUACAUUCUGAUUCAUCUGCCACAGCACCCAACCAGGAGAAGGGAAUUAUUUCCAGCCCAAGGGCACAACGGCAUGUUUUUUUUUUUCAGGAGGCUUUACAGCCACACAAAGGGUAUGCCCCUGGGAAAUUCGAGGCAUUAUCAAGUGCUAGCCAAAUUGUAAUUGAGGCAGCUAAAAUGUGUACAUCAUGCACACAAAAAAUUAAAGCAGAGCUCAUGCCUUUCAUGCACAUUUCUUUUCAAAUCCUCAUUAGUUACACCAUGCAGCCUUAAUAUAUAUCAGAGUAUAUAUCAUGAGUACCUGUUUCUUUAGGUUGGUGUUUUAUAGUGAGAAUGCCUUAAUUUACUCAACAAAGUAGUGAAGAUGUAAGAAUUUCCAAGGUAUUCUAAAAUUUAUUUUAUCCAAGCGAGGGUACCAUAUUAUAAAAAAAGUAGGGUUUAGUGAGAAAGUAAUUCUACUUACAUUUGUCAUUUUGCAGACACUCUUAUCCAGAGUUACUUACAAUUAGUGUAUUCAUCUUAAAUGGCUGCAUUGGGCCUUUAUCUCGAUGUCAAGUACCUAAGUGUAGGCUUGGGCGGUAUACUGGGGCAUUUGGAAAUGGGCAUGGAAUGUUUUUUCAAUACCAUUAACUAUUUUGUGUAAUUAAAGUACUGUACUUCACGCUGA